CAGUAAUUGAAAAUAUUCGUACUCGUAGUAAAAAGCUGAAGAAGAAAGCUCUGGUGCCUGCUACUAAAAAAGUCAGUGAGCCAAAAGAAAAGGAAAAAAAUGGAUGCUGCAGGACAGGAAAAGAGAAAACAGAAACCUAGCGGCCGUCAUACUAUGUACAAGCUACAUAUCGGAUGGCGCCAUUACUGUCAAGGUGACUUUAGACAAAUUACAUCAAGACGAGGUGGGGGCAUUCGGAAGAUGGAAUAUAAUAUAACGGAGCCUCAGUCAGUGGAAUCAAUAAUUGAAGUCGGCAAACGUUUAUUUUUUCCGAAUGGAAGAAAUUCUUUUGGAAAUUUAAAUGAUAUGGAAGUGAAUUUAACUAAUUACAGCGGUGAGAAAAUUGAACGCUUCUGCAAUAUAGAUGAACAACCGUGUACAUUUCAAGAAUUUUUGAAGUCAACAGGAAGGUACUCGUCUCAAUUCCAUGUUUAUCUUUCGACGAAAAGCAUUACCUAUGAUAAAAUAAAGCCACUGGAAGAAACAAGUGAAACGAGUUAUCUUGCCAACAGGAAGACAAUACAAGGACUGCAUGUACAGUAUACUAAGAAUGAAACAUCAGAAUAUUCAGGAGACACCUCAAUUAUCACAUGUCAUAGCACAAAACAAUGCAGGGAAUUAUCAGGUAUUCCUGAUGACAUAGACGAUUACGACCCUCUUGAAGAUGGUUAUAAUGUAACGUAUCUGGCUGUAAAUGAUAAGGUUUACAUGGAGCGAACUUCGUCUGGCCUCAGUUUUCCACAAGACGUCGCUGGACAAGACAGUGCAUAUAUAUUUCAUGGACCUAAUGAGAUAUGUGGAAUGAAUGAAGGCAAAGUUGUUUUAGGCGUAGUAACAAACUGUUCUGAAAACGUUAAUUACACAUGGUAUAAGGAUCAAAGCAUAUAUGCAGCAGGGAUUAAUCUCAUGUUGAUACAUACAAAUGACACUGGUGUCUAUAAUGUAAAAUGCCAAGUAGGCGAAACGUUGUACACCUUUGAAGAGAGUGUUGAAAUAGCUUUGCCCGCAACUACAGAUAGAUAUGACAUGGAUAUGCGAAUCGACAGCGAGGUUACUGAAAAUCUGAACACCACACACUUUGGCAUAACUGCUGAUUUGAAAGAUUGCGUUUCUAAUACAGCAGCUACAGAUUCUAGCCUAGACAUGGUUACACAAACGUUUAUUGAAACAAGUGAUUUGGGUGAAAAUGAUGGUAAAGGUACACACAGUUUAACAACAACAACUUUUAUCUGUGACAAAGAUGGCACAUGUGCAAAUGCUGUAUCAGCAGCUUGUGAAACAAGUGUAUUCUGUGAAAAAGACGGCAUAGGUGCAAACGCUGUUUCAACAUUUCUUGAAACAAGUGUAAUCCAUGAAAGAGAUGCCACAGGUGCAAACGCUGUUCUUACAUUUCCUGAAACAAGUGUAAUCCAUGAAAAAGAUGGCACAGGGGCAACUGCUAUUCCAACAAUUCCUGAAACAAUUCCUGAAACAAGUGCAAUGUGUGUAAACAAUGGUACAGGAACAAAUACUAUUUCGACAAUUCCUAAAGUAGAUGUAAUCUGUGAAAAAGAUGGCAAAUGUUCAAAGACUGUUCAGACAAUUCCUGCAACAAGUGUAAUCUUUGAAAAAGAUGGUUCAGAUGCAAACACCGUUUCAACAGGUUAUUUCUGUGAAAAAUAUGGUGCAGCAGUAAACAAAGCACCAACAGUUACCGAAACAAGUAUUUUGAUCGAAAAUGAGUGUACAUGUUCAAAUGCUAUUUCAACAGUUACAGAAACAAGUUUUUUGGGUGAUGUUACAACUGAAUUCUUAGAUAUUUCAACAGGAUUUGUGGAUUCUGUGGAAACCAGACUGGACAAGGAUGAAAAUGAAAAUGAUAUUAAAGCUAAGCUUACUGGAAAAAACUCAAGAAAGAGUAUGGGUUCUUCUGAUAAUUUAGUUGCAGAGCAACCACCAGUUAAAAAAGGGUUUACACAGUUGGAUGCUAAUACUGACAACUUAAAUGUAAGGUUUGGAGACUUCAAAUUAUUGGAAAAAAUAGGGGAGGGUGGUUUUGGUGAGGUUUACAAAGGUGAAUAUUUGGGAACAGAUAUUGCAGUGAAGAAAGUUAAGAUAAAACGCAUGAAAGUUGUGAAACAGUCAGUGUUGCAAGAAGUUGUCACAAACAGUCAUCUUAGGCAUCCAAACAUUGUUCUACUGAUGGGUUACUCAAUCAAUACUGACUGUCUCUAUCUUCUCACAGAGUUCAUUGCAGGUCCAAAUUUGGAUGAUGUGCUUUUUGCUGACAAUGAGUACGAAUUUACUGUGCCUCAAAAACAUGCAGUGGCAUUGCAAUUGCAGAUCGCAGAGAGACACAGCCAGGAACUCCAGCUUAUCAAGCUCCAGAGAUUCUUCUGCAAGCUAGGAGAGGCAGAACACAAGCAGAUGUUUGGAGCCUCUGUUGUUCAUUAG